AUGGUGGUGAUGAUGGUGAUGUAUGAUGGUGAUGAAGAUGAUGCCGAUGUAGGUGAUGAUGAUGGUGAUGAUGAUGAAGGCGAUGUAGAUGAUGGUUAUGUAAGCCAUGGCGAUGUAGAUGUAGAUGAUGUAGAUAAUGGUGCUGUUGAUAAUGGCGAUGUAGAUGAUGGCGAUGUAGAUUAUGGUGGUAUAGAUGAUGGUAGUGUAGAUGUAGAUGAUCUAGAUGAUGGCGAUAUAGAUGUAGAUGAUGGCGCUGUAAAUUAUGGUGAUGUAGAUGAUGACGCUAUAGAUGAUAGCGAUGUAGAUGAUAUUGGUGUAGAUGAUGGCGCUGUAGAUUAUGAUUAUGGUGAUGUAGAUGAUAACGAUGUAGAUGAUAGCAAUUUAGAUGAUGACGAUGUAGAUGAUGACUAUGUAAAUGAUGGUAAUGUAGAUGACGGUGAUGUAGAUGAUAGUGCUGCAAUUAUGGUGAUGUAG